GGAGGGACUUCUUGGACCAAAAGAGGAUUCAAACGUGUUUAUGACUUUAGAGUAGAACCGUCGCAUUCAGUCAGUCAAUGGACUCGGGCGCAUUGCGAUAACCGGCCUCAUUGUGUUCGCUUCAGGCUGGGAAGCAAAACAGAGAGAGACUCGGUCCAGAAGAUCGCCCCAAAACAAAGGUGUGUCCAUCUGAAAGACAUUCAUUGUCAAAAAAGGACAGGACACGCGCAAAAGAGCGAGCUCGUCGCUGGGAACAAUGAUGCUGAUUGAAGUUCUGGUGUUAUGAGCAAGGCGCGCGGAUUUUUGGAAAUCCAUUUGAUGCGUUACUCAUAGUUGUGAUCGUUCUUCAUCAGAUUAGAGUGUGCAGUGCGGAUUCCUCGCGCGCUCUCCAAAUAAUCCCAAACGCGGCGCUUCUAUUAUUCCCGUGAGCAGUUCCUAGAUCCACAACGAUGAAUUACCAAUCGAGCGUCCCGGUCUCGGUGUCAGUGUCUGGGAUCUCUCAGCAGUCCCAGCCCGCCAUGCCCAACCCGGGUUCGGUACCGGCACCGGUGCCAGUUCCCCAGGGUCAGUUCGGAUCCGGAUCGUCCGGGAGCUCCGGGGCGGGUCAGUUUGGCUCGGGAACCGUAUCGGGCCCUGCAGCGCAGUCCGGCGCGUCGGGCUCCCAGUUCGUUUUGUCCAACUCAGCAGCCAUCAGAGCCGAGAUCCAUCGGUUCGAGUCCGUCCACCCGAACAUUUAUGCAAUAUACGACCUGAUCGAGCGCAUCGAUGACAUGGCCCUCCAGAACCAGAUCCGCGAGCAUGUGAUCUCUAUUGAAGCUUUCACACGCUAGGAGCCAAAGCCUCAUGAAUGUGACCCAAGCGCUCUGUAGAGCCGUGACGUGGGUCGCCCCGCACGCCCUCAUCCUGCUCGGGCAGCCGGCAUGCAGAUCUCCUAUCUGUUUACAGGCAAAGGUUGGAUUGAGCUGGCCGGAUGCAAAGAGGGGCUUGUCCUGCUUCCCCUCAACAAAAUCCUCUUCACACCCUCCGCCGCCAUCUGGAGAGGAUGCCAGUCGCUGAAUUUAGAUGCGUGAACCGGGAGCCGUGCCAGUUCAAGGGGAUGCACUCGGAGCCCGGC